AUGGCGACCGACCUGCCGCUAAUCGGCUGGGUACAAUCAUUGAUGACGCGCGCUGCUGAAUGCGAGAUUAACUGGGAAUGUGAGGCUACGCGGAACGGAGAAAUCGACGCUAAGAUCCUUGAGCAAGCUUCCCGAAAAAGUACUGGAUUCGUGAGCCAUGGGCCAGUUGACUUUCGGUAUUCUCAAGCCGCGCAGAUCAUCCGCGACAGCAAACCUCGAGAAGCGCCAUCCAAAAUAGUAGAUUUCUGUUCCUUUGGCAAUUCGGAAUUACCUGAAAAAAUUGUCCUUUUGUUGGCGCAACACUCUGGUCAAACAAUUUAUGAAAACUCAUUCAUUAAAAAAACAGUUUGGAACUUCAUGGUCUUUAGUGCAAGCGUGCCCCGUCAGCGCGGCUUACCACCCGCCUUCAUAGCUCCCAUCUGGUGUGCAUGCCAGUCCCCAUUCGGCAUGAUGGGAAAGAUCUACAUAUGGAACACGGGAGGUGGGGGCGGCCCGCAUUCAGUGCAAACAUCCGGCGCCGCUGUUUGGACCCUCUUGAUGACCGUUGCUGCUACCUGUUUAGCUACUACGGCAUUUGGAAAAUGA